AUUCUUACUUGUUUUCUUCUUCGUAACCCUCUCUGUCUUCUUGCUCUCAAAAUUUUUACUUGAUUUAGUAGAGAACUGUGAGACAAAUUAAAGAGUGUUUCUAGAUAUAUAUGUGUCCAACUGUUUUGUAUUCUUACUUCGAAACUCUCUCUUCCUCGUUCUGUGUCUCUCGUCCAUCUCACUAAACCAACAUGAUGAUACCAGAUGAUCAUCAUCACCUCUCAUUCCCCAGUUAUGUUCUUCACCAAGAACAGAUCACCCCAAAUCUUAACCCUAACCCUAAUCCUACUUCCUCAAACUCAAACAAAAGGAAAAGAAAUCUCCCGGGAAAUCCAGAUCCAGAUGCAGAAGUCAUCGCUCUAUCGCCAAACUCGCUCAUGGCUACGAACCGAUUCAUAUGCGAGGUCUGCAACAAAGGGUUUAAGAGAGACCAAAACCUUCAGCUUCACCGGAGAGGUCAUAAUCUUCCAUGGAAGCUAAAGCAAAGGACAAACAAGGAGCAAGUGAAAAAGAAAGUGUACAUCUGUCCCGAGAAGGCAUGCGUACACCACGACCCGGCUCGAGCCCUCGGGGACUUGACUGGAAUCAAGAAGCAUUUCAGCAGGAAACAUGGAGAAAAGAAGUGGAAAUGCGACAAAUGUUCCAAAAAAUAUGCUGUCAUGUCCGAUUGGAAAGCUCAUAGCAAGAUUUGUGGUACCAGAGAGUACAGAUGUGACUGUGGUACCCUCUUUUCCAGGAAAGAUAGUUUCAUCACACAUAGAGCAUUUUGUGACGCUUUAGCAGAAGAGAGUUCUAGAUUCGCCUCAGUUCCACCAGCCGCAACAGCAGCUCCAUAUUUGAACAAUGCCCCGGAUGCAGAAGUCAACCUUGGAAACGUCAAACUAAAUCAUCAGCAAUCCGGUAUCAAUAUUAAUCGCUACAACACUAAUGGCUUCAUGGGACAAGCCUUCGCCAAUCAGGUUUCCUUACCAGCCAACGUUUUUGCCUCCUCAUCAUUGCCAUCACCUCAUAGUGCGUCCGAUUCGCUUCAAAAUCUAUGGCAUUUACAAGGACAAUCAUCUCAUCAGUGGCUUCUCAACGAAAACAACAACAGAAACAUUCUACAAAGGGGAAUCUCCAAUAAUCAAGAAGAUCAGGACACUAAGAAGGGAAUUAUUCGUAGUGGUUAUUUGUUCUCUUCGGACUCAAGCACCAAUUAUGAUCAAAGCGGUGGGCAAGUAAUACCAUCCAUGUCAGCCACGGCACUACUACAGAAGGCCGCUCAAAUGGGAUCAAAGAGAUCAGAAUCAAGCUCCAACAAUAGCACGGCUUUUGGUCAAAUGACUUCCUCCAUCUUCAACAACAAACAUACAGAGAAUGAUAUCAAAACUAAGGAAGUUGAUGAAAGAGGCUUCACAAGAGACUUUCUUGGUGUGGGAAGUCAAAACCGUCCUUGGCCAUUAUUGAUGGUCAACCAUAAUCUUCCCAACAUGACUCAGCCGGCCACAACCGACGUUAAACCAACUGCCGGUACAGCAACGGCCGGUACACCAACGGCAGAAUGAAUCACAGUAUGUUAUAUUUCUUUAUGAAUAUAUAGAAAAGAUUAUGAUAUUUUUUAAAUGCAGAAACACAAACUAUGUAAUCCAAAUGACGAAUGGACAAUCAAGUACAGCAGUACAAAGAAAGAAAAUAAUGAAAGAUUACUAUCUGAUUAUCUGAAUCGGAGCGAAUCCCUGGGUCAACUCGGUGCUGCAGACUGGGUCCUCUAACUUGACGAAGAUGGCUAUUUGGGUCCACUCCCUGCAUGCAUGCACAACAAACCAUACGCUAUGUCUUUUCGUAUUCUUCUUUUUUCUUUCUUUCUUGUAAUUAUUUCAUGAUUUUAAUAGUGAAAGACUAAAACAAACGAGGACAAGUGUGUGUCGGUUAUGGAAAGACUUCAGGUAGGGUUUUUAUUUUUUGAAAAAACUUUAGGUAA